AUGGAUAUGGAUAGUACUAUGUCUGGAGGCCCCGACCUCACGGACGCUGGGCUUGAUAUGUCCAAUGACACUGUGGCUUCAGAAUUUCUAGCUGCGCUUCUUGAUGACACCACCUUGCAACAGACCGAUUAUGCUAUCGCGAGGGCAUUUUGGUACGGCAUUGUCAUUGUCAUCGUCCUGGCAGGUAUUGUCAACUGGACUCAAUGGGGUCAGCUGAAGUUACGAUUGCGCGCGGCCGCCGCAAAUCGUCCCCGGCCGACAAGUCCGUCCAACAUCAUUACUUCAUUCCUUGCCGGCUGUACUGCUAUUGUCCGAGAAGUGUCAUACCAUCAAAUAACCCCUAUCAACUCGUGGCUGCGGAUACCAGCAGUCGGAUCAAUCUUGUUAAUCUUAAUAUACCUCGGAUACAUCAUGGGACUGCAAUUCAUUAACUGGGAUUACCCUGGCGCACAACACUGGCAGGCACAAGGCAUCCGAGCAGGAUGGCUCACGAUAGCUCAGUUCCCACUUCUCUUGCUCCUGGCUGGCAAGCGGAACUUGAUUGGGUACGCAGUCGGUGUCUCAUACGAACGACUACAAGUUCUGCACCGUUGGGUAGCAAGGGUCAUGCUGCUCACUGCUACCAUCCAUGGUGGUGUGCAAGCCUACGGCUGGAAGAAAUAUGGGGUAAUGAAACUUGAGAUUGACACUGAUAGCUGUAUCCCCACGGGCUUUUCCACUUGGAUUAUCAUGCUUUGGCUUGUUCUAUCCUCCACUGCUCCGAUUCGCAAUUGGCGCUAUGAGAUAUUUGUGGUUCAACAUAUUAUCACCUUUUUUGGACUUGUCAUGGCUAUCUUCCACCAUCUGCCUUCAACCGCCCUAAGUUCAAGAAUAUACGCUUGGAUCGGAGUCGGUGUGUUUAUUUUUGACCGGCUGGUCCGGACCCUUCUCUACGCUUUCAAUAAUAUGAAACCUGCGAAAGCCACCCUUCAAAGCCUGCCCGGAGAUGUCACGAAAGUUCGGAUCACUUCUUCCCAGAUUAAGAAUUGGAAUCCGGGGCAGCAUGUCCUUUUAUCCAUUCCAAAAUUGGGACUGGGUCAAUCACACCCAGCGACGAUUCUCUCCAUCCCUUCAUCCCAUAAUAAUGACUUGGUCUUCAUCUUGCGAGCCCAUGGAGGCUUCACUCAGCGACUGCUCCAAUCGGCCAAAUCAUCCUCAACAGAUCUUUCUCCGGUGAUUGCAGAAAAGGAGGAGGCCAUCAGACAGGAUACAUUAGAAAUAAAAGAGGUGGAAUAUGUUUCCCUUAUUGGUGGUCCAUAUGGUGGAUCUCAUUCCGACUUUGCGGCUUUCGACACUGUGUUUCUCAUCGCGGCAUCCACUGGUGUUACAUUCACUCUACCGAUCCUUCUCGACAUUGCGGCACGGUCGGCAAAUCAGAAGCUACCGGCCUGCAAAGUGGUGUUUGCUUGGGUGUCCAAGGCUCCUUCAAGCACAUUCAACACUCCUUUGAGUAAUGAUCCAGACAUUGAAUCAUCCUCAUCGGGAAAGGCUCAACAAAGGGAAGCAGAGACAAGCAUAUCAUUACCAGCCGCCUGUUCCACAGUUGAAUCCGGUCGGCCCCAGCUGAAGCCCCUUCUCUGGGACUUGCUGAAUCACGCGCGGGGAGAAACUGGUGUCGCGGUGUGCGGACCUCCGGGACUGGUGAGCUAUGUACGAAACACGGUUGCCAUUUCCUUUCAGCACUCUUUAGCGUUCCGCAGCUAUGAUGUACUGCGUGCACUGAUCCAGAUUUAUCUUUCGGAUGCAUCGCUCACCGAGCCUCUGGAGAAAUAUCUUAAGCGCUUCAAUGUCUCUCUCGUCCAUGAGGCUUGCUCUGCUGCAAAUCAAGAUCUAGUUCUGUGGUUGAACUCCUUUUUAUGCGUGGCCGAGGCGCUAAGGGAAGCGGGCGGUCUUAUGGUGGCGUUAAAAGCUGGGGAGAGUCUUCCUGUUGCUAGGCAGAAGGCGCGCGAGAAUCGAGACCGUGUCGAGGAUUUCAUUUACUGGCUCUUGAGGAGUGGCUGCUUAGUGUCCGAGUCCGAUGCGUUUGAGCAAGAUUAUAAACACAACAAGGACUCAGAGAAAGUCCUGGCACUAACGGGUACUGUUCUCGGUGGGCCUAUUCCCUAUGCGAGCCAGGCGAUGGUCUCGCAUCUCAUUGCCAAUGGAGCUGACGUCUAUACUCGUCAGGCGUGGUAUGGACGGCUCCCGCUUUACUGGGGUUCGGACGGUAUCGUGGAUAUGCGCAAAGAAAAGCAUAACUCAGAGAAGACCGUCUCACAAAUGGCAGAGACCGUUAAAACCCUUCUCGACAUAAAGCCUGAUACUGUCAACGCGCGAGACCGGCAUGGUACUAUGGCUUUUCAUUACGCGGUGCAUACCGGUUUAGGAUACGUGGCCGUUCCUCGAGCUAUUGAGUUGCUUCUAUCUGUCAGCCCCUCUCGUGACAUAUUGGACUUCCGCAAUGGCCGAGGUUCAACGGCCUGUCAAAAGCUUGGAAUUUCCGCAGAGGAAAAGCAGGAUUCACCCUAA